AUGUCAAACAGAGUACUUGUAAUAGACAAUGGUGCACAUACUUUAAAGAUUGCUCAUGCUCCGGCGACAGGAUCAGAGCCAGCACCAAUCCCAGUGGUCGUGCCCAAUCAAGUAGGCAAGACAAAGAGCGAGAAGAAGUAUAUUGUAGCGGAUGAGUUGAAUAAGCCACAACAUGCGACAGAGAUCAAGUUGAGAGGUCCAAUGGAAAAGGGCUAUAUUACAAACUGGUCAGUGCAGAAGGAGAUAUGGGAUCAUGUAUUCAAGAUGGAGGAGCUCAAGGUCAAGCCUGCAGACACCUCCCUACUCCUCACCGAAGCACCCUUUGACCUCGAAGAGAUACGCAAGUCACUCUACGAGACUGUCUAUGAACAAUACAAGUUCAAAUCACUCUGUCUUGCCUCGCCCACUACCCUUGCAUUGACACACUUCAAGGCGUCAGAGCCACCAAGCUCACCAUUCAUAUCAUCACCAUGUCACUUGGUAGUAGACUGCGGAUACUCAUUCACACAUGUCGUUCCUCAUCUCUUGAACAAUCGACUCAACUAUGCAAUCAAGAGGUUCCAGGUUGGCGGCAAGCUGAUGACAAACUAUCUAAAGGAGAUAGUAUCGUUUAGGUAUUGGGAUAUGAUGCAUGAGACUAGAUUACUAAACACGAUCAAGGAGCGUGUAUGUUAUGUAUCUCAUGACUUCCUUGGUGAUCUUGCCAAGUGCCAACCCAAGCCCAAGGAGUCGGCACUGGCCAUCGACUACGUACUUCCAGACUACAUCAAUGACAAUACAACUGGAUACAUCAAGAACAAGGCAUACUUCCCUCAAUCAUCAGACGACUCUACUUCCUCAAUGAACAAUGUACAACAACAGAAACAACAACAACAACAAACAAGCGAUCAACAACAACAACCAGAUAAGAAGGAUGAUGAACAGAUGAAGGAACAAAAGGAUGAGGAGCAGAUAUUGACGUUGGUGAAUGAGAGGUUCAGCGUGCCAGAGUUGUUGUUCAAUCCAUCGGACAUUGGAUUGAACCAGGCAGGUCUAGCCGAGAGCAUAGUUCAAUCCAUCAACAGCACCAACAUCAAUCUACACCAGCCACUCUACUCAAACAUCUUGCUGAUAGGUGGCAGUACCCGACUGCCCGGCCUCAAGGACCGUCUAUACCAAGAGCUCAGGGCGAUGACGCCAGAUCACCUAACAGUUAAGAUAUACACUCCAGAAGACCCUGUCCUGGCACCAUUACAAGGCGGACUGAGGUUUGCCCAGCAGUCAGACUUCCAUCGAUACACGGUCACCAAGAAGGAAUACGAAGAACAUGGAUAUGUAUUGUGUAAUCGUCGAUUCUAUUAA